GUCUCUAGAUAAAUCUUCGAUUUCAAACAAUAUAGAAAUUUUAUACUGUAUCAUAUAUCUAAUUAUUAAAAUGAAUUGUCAAAGUACAAUGGUGAAAUCGUGGCUGCAUCAUGAUAAAAAUUGCAAGGACUUAGGGGUUUGGAAGUUGCGAUUGUUAAAUAGAUGUAUUGUUGAGAAUGUUUGUAUAAUAUUAUGCAUGUAUUGUCGAAUUUGAUGCAUUGUAGAAUACAACGUUUGGUAUGUGUGAUUGUGUAUGUCGCAUCAGCUAAAAGCUGAGACAAAACAAUCUCAACUCAACAAUCUAAACAAUCACAACUAAAAGUUGAGAUAUAACAAUCACUCAAAAUGAGUGAUAGUUUCUGUCACAUCACAGAAACAAUCCAUGUAUUGUUUCUGCUAAAAAACAAAACAAAAAAACGAUGCAUUGUAAACAAUACAUGCAUAAUGACAAUCUCAACAAAACUAUCGCAACUUCCAAACCAACCUUUAAUCAUAUUGUACCAUAGAUUCACAUGGGUUCUUCUCUUUUCGUGACCUCUCUCAUUACAUGAGACCAAUUCAUUACAACAUGUUAUUUUUUGCGAUGCCUUUUCAAUUAUGGGUUGAAUUUUUUUGAAAAUUUGUUAUUCGUGAUUUAAUUAGAAAUUAUCCAAACUACCAAUUUUGUUUUAGUCAUUAGAUAGAGAUAUUAAUAACUAGGGUAAUGACUAUUUGUUAGCCAAAUCUUUUUCAAAUUCAAACAUAUUGGAAUUGCUAAUAAUUAGCCAAAUGUUAACUUCCAAUUAACAAUUUUGUUAGUAAUAUUGACUUGGUAACAUGAUAAUGACUUAGAAGAUAUAAAUAGAGGUCAACAUUCCAAAAUUGUAGUAUUUUAAUUAAGAAAAGAGUUACAAAAUUAUCACGAUAACGUAAAAAUAGCUAAUAUUUUGAUGCAUUACAAAACGUUUGACUAAUUUUUAGUAUUUCGAUAGGUUUGACUAAUAAAAAAGAAUCUGAAAAAGAUUUGACUAAUAAAUAAAGGAGAAAUUAAUAUUACUUCCCUCUUAGAAAAAAUUUAUAAAACUAAAAAACCUAUUUACUAGAUUCUUUAUUAACGAGAUAUGGAUGGACUAUAGAUUCAUUGAUUCCUCCAAACAAUUCAUUUGUGGGAGGGAAAUUUGAAUAACAAUUCAGCUCUACCUUCCUACUUUAUCUUUUAGGGCUUACGUUAACAUCAAUUCUUCUUUUGGCUGAUUAAGAUUUGAUUAGGACCAUCCAAAACAAAUCACGCGACCUUCCUUCACAGUAAUUAUUACGUAUGGUAAUGAUUUUGUUUGUUACGCUUACGUCCAGCUGGGCGUCCUUCGUUCAUACGACAAAAAAACACUGCUGCUUUUCUUGUUUCAGAAUUCUUCUGACACGACCAAACAAACAAACCCCCAAUUAUUUUCCUUAUUUUCUAUUCGGGAAAUUGGGAUUUCUUUUUCUUUUCUGGCGUGAAAAGCAGCACUGCGUGGGACUACUCCUGGGGAAGGAAAGCCUAAAGAAAAUGGAUGCCUCACUCCACCACCACCACCGAAAAGUAACACCAGGCCCGUUUCAAAGUUGUUCCCUUUCUAUAUCCAGUUGGAAUCAAUGUGAGAUUGUUAGCAGAUCUAUAGAAGCACAGUAAGGCAGUUUGGGUGUCCAAAGUCCAUUCCUUUUUGCUCUCUUCAAUGGCGGCCGCAGCUGUAAGUACGAGUAGAGGAGGAAGGAGAGAAGAAAUGGGUGUUAUGAGUUUUGUGAUUUUCUGGUGGGUUUACGCUGCUACUACCGCAAAUGGGUUGCUUUCCCCCAAAGGCGUGAACUUUGAAGUACAAGCUUUGAUGGGUAUAAAAGCUUCUUUACAUGAUCCACAUGGUGUUCUUGAUAACUGGGAUGGCGAUGCGGUGGAUCCUUGUAGCUGGACUAUGGUCACUUGUUCGUCAGAGAGUCUCGUCAUUGGCUUGGGAACUCCUAGUCAGAACUUGUAUGGAACUCUUUCUCCAAGCAUUGCCAACUUGACGAAUCUUCAGAUUGUGCUGUUGCAGAACAAUAAUAUCACAGGGCCCAUUCCAGCAGAGAUAGGGAAACUCUCAAAACUUCACACGCUUGAUCUGUCUAACAAUUUCUUCACCGGGAGUGUUCCUUCUUCGUUAGGGCACUUGAGGAGUCUCCAAUACAUGAGGCUAAAUAACAACAGUCUCUCCGGCAAAGUCCCAAUAGCAAUUGGGAACAUGACCAAGCUUGUGUUUCUUGACCUGUCUUACAAUAAUCUGAGUGGCCCCGUACCUACAUUCCCUGCUAAAACUUUCAGCAUUGUUGGCAAUCCACUCAUCUGCCCAACUGGUUCAGAGCCAGAGUGUUUUGGGACGACUCUAAUGCCAAUGUCCAUGGACUUGAACAACACAGAACUUAAUCCCCCUUCCCAAAGACCAAAGAGUCACAAGGUAGCAGUUGCCUUUGGAUCAAGCGUUGGUGCAAUCUCCCUCAUCAUUAUGGUGUUUGGAAUGUUCCUGUGGUGGAGGCAAAGGCUUAAUCCACCAAUGUUUUUCGACGUUGAUGGAAAACAAGAUAGGUUGCAUGAAGAAGUAUCUCUCGGAAACUUGAAGAUGUUUCAGUUUAGAGAACUCCAGAUUGCAACAGGCAACUUCAGCAACAAAAAUAUACUUGGGAAAGGAGGGUUCGGCCAUGUAUACAAAGGAACUCUCCACGAUGGGACGAUCGUAGCCGUGAAAAGAUUGAAAGAUGGUAGUACCGUUGGAGGAGAGAUUCAGUUCCAGACUGAAGUGGAAAUGAUCAGCUUAGCAGUGCACCGGAACCUCCUCAGAUUAUACGGUUGCUGCAUCACACCAUCAGAGAGACUACUGGUUUAUCCAUACAUGUCCAAUGGCAGCGUUGCUUCUCGUCUCAAAGGGAAACCGGUCUUGGAUUGGAGUACAAGAAAGAGAAUAGCCUUAGGAGCAGCAAGGGGCCUGCUAUACCUCCAUGAACAAUGUGAUCCGAAGAUAAUCCACAGGGAUGUUAAGGCCGCAAACAUAUUGCUCGAUGACUAUUGUGAAGCCGUGGUCGGUGAUUUCGGGUUGGCAAAGUUGCUUGAUCACCAAGAUUCACAUGUGACUACUGCUGUUCGAGGAACUGUAGGCCAUAUUGCACCAGAGUAUCUCUCCACAGGCCAAUCUUCAGACAAAACGGAUGUGUUUGGAUUCGGAAUCUUGCUCCUCGAGCUAAUCACUGGCCAAAGAGCAUUGGAGUUUGGAAAGGCAGCAAACCAGAAAGGAGCCAUGCUCGAUUGGGUAAAGAAGAUUCAUCAUGAGAAGCAGCUGGAAAUGAUGGUGGACAAGGAUUUGAAAGGGAACUAUGACAGAAUCGAGCUGGAAGAGAUGGUUAAAGUUGCACUCCUUAGCACACAAUACCUUCCUAGUCAAAGACCGAAAAUGUCUGAAGUAGUCCGAAUGCUGGAAGGAGAUGGACUUGCAGAGAGAUGGGAAGCUUCUCAAAGGGCAGAAGCUACCAAGUCGAAGAACAACGAUUUCUCGUCGUCAGAUCGAUACUCUGAUCUCACUGAUGAUUCUUCAUUGUUGGUACAAGCAAUGGAACUCUCUGGCCCCAGGUGACAGUUCCCAUAUUAACAGAAGUUUUCACAGUUUCUUAUGUUGCCUUUUUUCCCUUUUUGUUUUCUACUUUAUCCUUCCAAAUAGAGACAUAGGAAACAAGGGAUAGGUGGAUCAGCUAAUAGUUUGGAAAAGUGCCGUGUAAUUCAGUUUAGAUGCUAGGAGAUUGUUGCAAUGUCGUUUUUUGACUGGUUUGGGCUGUAUCAUAGCUAGGUACAAGUGGUUUUAGGGCAUUAUAUAUAGUGUUGAUUUUAAGUCAAGAUUGUCACAUGAAAAUAGUACAUAUUUAACCUAGUUCAUUAACUUCGAUUUAACAUUUGAAGUUACUCAUUUUAUAUAAAUGUUUUCCCCCACUUAUAAAAAUUAUAAGGAUGUGACAAGAUGAUACCACCUCUUUGGUACGAUAUGAAUCCAAUAUUUGUAAAACAGUCCCGAGCGGAAAAUCUCAUACCAAUAAGUGGUAUUUAGCUAU